AUCUAGGUCUAUAUUUAGGAGUAAUCUACUAGAUCUAGAAGUGUCCUCUACUUCUGCUUACUUUGUAAUUUAGAUCUAGAUCUAGACUCACUCACUAUGUUUUACUCACUGGUAUCUCUCAACAAUGAUAAAAAACUGACACAUUUUAUUUCUAGAUCACUUUCUGAAAGAUUGUAAUCAUUACUUGGCCUAAAAUGAAUUUGAAGAAUUUUUUCCAAGACUUCAAUCCAAGUAAAUUUGUAGUUUUCACGUGCCUAUUGAUUUUUACCAUCCUCUUCUCGCUGCGAUUGGACAAGAGCAUUGAAUGGAGCUAUUGGUUUGUUUUCUUUCCCAUCUGGGUCUGGAAAUUGCUGGUCUUAGUUGGUGCUUUUAUAGGUAGUUCUGUCUGGUUACGGAAUCCACAGUACAGACAGGAGGUCAGCAGUGCUAAUCAGUAUAAAGCUAUGAUUGUUUCCUGUGGGGAACACUUGGCAUUGCUGAUGUUUGAACUUCUUGUGGUCAUCAACCUGGAGUCAGACGGCCACAACUGGCUGAUAGUGUUCAUUCCCCUCUUCAUCCUCUCCGUCUUCUGUAUAGGGGCUUGUAUCUGGUGUGUGAAGAAUGAUAGAUCUUGUGAAUUGGAGCUCUUCUGUUCUGUCAAUAUUUUACAGUUUAUUUUCCUGGCCUUACGGUUUGACAACAUCAUUGUCUGGAGCUGGGUUAUUGUGUUUAUUCCUAUCUGGAUCAUCAUGUGCGUUGCUAUGAUUGGUGUCCUGUACGCUGUGGCUCUUGCCAUUAUUCUGCUUCGUUCUCCUGAUAUACUGAGUGAGCAGAGACGGGGAAAUGUCUCCACCGCCAUUGGCUAUUCCUUUCUUGUCAUUCCACUGCUAGUCUUUGAGAUACUGCUGGCUAAUCGUUUGGAUCACAUCAAUGACUUUGCUUUCAUCACAGUAUCUAUCCCUUUAAUCAUCUCUUUGAUCUCUUUGAUUUGUUUGACAUUUGGAGCUAAAGGAGGCAAUUGCUGGUGGUUUGGUAUCAGGAAAGAUUUCUGCCAGUUUCUUCUUGGCUUGUGUCCCUGUUUGCAAGAGUAUGGUAACAUUUCCUACUCCAUCCAGGACAAUGACCAGGAUGUACAAUCUCAGACGUCAACGGCCGAAAGCAUAGGUGACUCUGUAGACGUGAAAGUGAAGAUUAAAGGCAAAGAGGUUUCAGACCAGCCGAGGUCAUCUAUACCAGUGUUAUCUAUAGAGACCCCAGACUAAUCUUUAUUCGGGUGCUAAGCUAACUGGUGUUACACUGAAUAAUUCAAAACAGAAACAUGUUCAGACCUGAUAGUACACUAAAUGUGAUCACAGAUGUACUACUGUAUGGAGAUAUGGAAAAGGAAGAGAAUGUGCUAUUCUCAUUUUACAGUCCAAAAAUAAGUCUUUAAAUUUUUCCAUUUAGGUAAUGCAUGAGAAAAUGAGUGAAUUCUGCAGUGACUUGAUUUCAUUCUAUGGUCAAAUAAUGCUGUGUUUGUCUACAUUGAUAAGAAGUAAUAAAAUGAAUCUGCAAUAUGACUUUUAUCCAAUAAUUCACAGAAUUAUUUUUGCUUGCUGGAAAAAACUUUCUUUCUUUCCCUUGACUCAUUAUGUUCAGUAAAGUUUGAUGCAUGUAUAUUGCAUUACCAACCAGAGUUACAGGUCUACAUAUAAAGCGACCAAAAUCCCCAAAUGAGGUCUCACUAUAUUCAACAGUUCAUUGAUAAGGUUGUUAGAAUAUAUGCCUUAAAAGGAGUCUUCAGUUCUUACCGGUCAAGUGCAGUGUAGGCCUCCAAAGAUUAUAUCCAUCCCACAAUUUGUCUACGCAUAUUAUGUAUUUUUCUUAAAAACAUAUUGGUGCUUGAGGUCAACAAGGCCAUGGGAAGUAACUCCGGCUUUGUUUGGUCACUGACUGGUCUACAUCUUCAUUGUACAUACUCAUUAAUUUGAGAAAGGAAUGCUGAUUUUAUGGUUCAUCUAUAUUCUGUUUCAUUUCUUUACAAAUUUGAAGGGUUAUGUUCCAGCCAGCAGAUGACUUUGAUUUUAAAUUAGGUCCCGCUAGUUCGGAGUUAGUGCAUCUGUGAUAUUUAAUUCAGCUAGUAAGGUUUCACUGCAGAUUUUCUACUUUUGAGUCAUGGAAUCAAACAAGGAGUCAGAUAAAGGUUUGCUCUGCUUGCUUUGUUCAACAAUGUCUUCAUUCUGUUUCAUUACAUUUAUUUUUUGUUGUUAAUCUCCUUUAGCUCUAUUUUAACAAGUUUUAGCUCUGUCUCAUUAAGAGCUGACCUUUGUGUUUAAGUCUCAAGAAAAUUCCUUUACUAUACCUUGAACCCAGGAUGUUUGUAUUUAAGCAGUUUAGCACUUGACCAAUGUACUACCUAUCCUGUGUCUAAUUUCUAAUUGUUUAAAUAAUUGUUUUUAGUUGUUUUUUUUUUUUUUAAUUUUGUAUUUGAUGUAGUAAUAAUUUUCUCAAUUAGUAAAUUAAUAAUAAUUAUAAAUUUGUAACAUUCAUAUAUUAAUUUUUUAUUGCUGUAAAACUUUUAAGGAUUUUUUUAAUCUUUGCUCUGACUUGUUUUGCAAAAAGAACUUAGUAGUUAAAGGAUUUUGUCUUAUUGUGAUAUAACCCGAGUUGUUAAAGUUUUCCGUAUGGAUAAUUAAUAUUAUUAUUAUGUGGGUCAAUGUCUUGUAGCAUCAAGAACUUGUGCCCCAAAAAAAACUGUUUUGCAGCUCGUUCUCAAGCUAAAUUAUGUCUCAAACUUGCUAUUGAUUUAAUGUGGUCAUAUUUUUACUUAGAUGGUACUCAGUUUGUGCUGUUUUUCUCUCAGGAAUUGACUAUAUAUUGUUGUAUUUAAACUUAUUUUUAGUAUGCCUGUUGAUAGAAUGGAAUGUCAUUCCUGCUUACUUGAAUGUAUGCAAUCUUAAUUCAUGCAUAAUUUAUGUGAUUCUAGAUGUACUUUUGUAGAAUUAAAAACUAUCCAUUCAGUGCUAAAAGUACUUAUCAUAUAUUUUGAUUCAAUUUAAACUGCAAAACUGUACAUUGGACCUUUUUUUGUUUUUCAAAAUUUUGUCAUGCUACUUCUCACUAUUUGUUGAACUUUAAAUGUAUUGCUCAUUUUGGGGAAAGUAGUCAAUUUUUGUAAGCUUUAAUGCAGUUACAAUUAUAUCCAUUUUUUAACUUUCAACAUCAUAGAGAAAUUUUUUUAUGAAUCAAUUUUUUUUUCUGUUUCAUCUGAGUAAGUAAAUAAAAAACAAAUCAAAAUAAUAAUGGCAAUGUCUCCAGUCCAAAGAUUAAGGAUGAGUGUAGUGUUUAGGUAACAUGAACUGCAAGGCGCAUACUUUUUUUUUUUUUUUUUUUUUGUGAAAUUUGUAAGAAUUUAAGUUUAUUGGUCAAUAUUUUGUGUCUAAUGAUUGAAUGAGUGCUUUUCUUGUAUAAAAUUGAUUUAUUCAUAAAGUGCUAUUGAUUGGGUUAAAUUAUCACCUGAGAUUUAAUAACAUACACAGAUGUUUUAAAUAGAACAAGAGAACCAAUAGAAGAUUGCCCACAUACUAAUAACAUACUUGAGACAAUCAUGUGAACACACUGAACAUUUGAACAAGGGAGACUACAUAAAGAACAACAAAAACACACACAACCUCCUCCCCAGUCUGGAGUUACAUAUAUAUUUAGACAUAAAUACACAUAUAAAUGUAAAGUCCUCCCGUGUUUGAGGUCAGUCUUAUAGUUCUUGUGGAUCUGACCACUCGGCGUGACCUAGUUGUAGAUGCUGUUGACCCAUGUGACUGAUCUUGUGCAUGGCUCUCAGGUGCUUAGGCUGUUGACCCAUAUGACUGAUCUUGUGCAUGGCUCUUGGGUGCCUAUGCUGUUGACCCAUGUGACUGAUCUUGUGCAUGUCUCUCAGGUACCUAGGCCAUUAUUUCAUCAGUGCAUUCACAGGUGUAAGACUAUAAGCAAGUUGAAAUAUAAUGCUUUAUGGCAUCAGCCAUUCCUUGCCAGGAUAUUAGAUAGACUCUCCCGAGCUCUUUUCAGACAUUCUUCUAAUUGUAGUGACUUGGACCCUACUACUCUUUCACCUUUAAAUAGAAGUCCCUCCUGAAGUGACAUUUGGGCUCUGAAAUUAGAAUAAGUUAUUAGCUCAUUCACUAGUAGAUGCUUGCCUUCUGGCCAACUUUGAUUAAUUGUAAUUUGAAAUUUUUGAAGCGUCCUAUCUUUCUCAGUUUCCUCUUUAAGUCUUUCCUCACCAGUUAAUAGAAAACUGGCCAUAUUUAUAAGUUUAAACUCUCCUUAAUUGUUUACUGAUGAAUUUAAAUGCACUCUUGAAAGUGCAUCAGCCAGAUACAUUUCUUUUCCUUGUCUAUAAACUACUGUUAUAUCAUAGUCUUGUAUACACAGCGUCAUUCUCUGCAGUCUUCUGUUAUAUCAUAGUCUUGUAUACACAACGUCAUUCUCUGCAGUCUUCGAGGAGCAGCUGAGUGGGCUUUAGCCAUUAUUGUUUCAAUGGGUUUGUGAUCAUUCUCAAUAGUUGUAUGUCGACCAAAUGUAUAUUGGUGGAACUUAUCCAAAGCAAAUAAAAUAGCUAGCACUUCUUUCUCUAUCUGUGCGUAUCUAGUCUCAGUACCAAUCAAAGAUUAACUUGCGUAAGCUAUGGGUUUACUUUACUGCAUUAAGUUGGUGGCCAGACCAUUUUGAAUAGAAUCACACUGUACAGUCAAUUCUUUAAUUUGGAUUGUAGAAUGCUAGUACAGGAGCUUGAGUCACUAUAAAUUGUAUGUCAUAGAAUGCACUGUCAUGCUUUUAAGACCAUGACUAAGGGAUAUUUGUAGCUGCCGAAUGGGUUUAAUGACAUUUGAUAGUCUGGGUAGAAAUUUAGCCAGUUCACAAAAUUUAUAUUUGCGCUGUUUACUGUUACGAGCAGCUAUUUGUUGUAGGAUAUUUUUGUGAGCAGAAACAGCAAUGGCCUCAACCUGAGAUGAUGAUGCAUCAGAUGUAUCUGUCUCUAGUACCUUUAGUUGCUAGUCAGCAGCUUCAUUUUCUUGCAAAUUUCAAUUUAAGUCUUGAACUUUGAUUAAGUUCUUUUUUUAAGUUCUUGUGUCUUUGAUGCCAACUAUCAUUCAGUCUGUUAUAAGUGACUUUUCGACAUGGUCACGAAAAUUGCACGUUUUAGCAAGUGUGCAUAGAGCUAGUAAAUAGUCCUUGACAGUCUGGAGUUAAAUAAAAACAGGAAUACAUAUAUAAAUGUAACAGAAUGCAUCCUUCCACUCCACUUCAAAUGUUUCUUGCUUUAAUAAACAGUUUGUGAAAGACCCUGGUGCUCUGAACAACAUGGCUUCUUUUUAGGUUUCUUUUGUUUUUAUAUUCCAAAGUAUUAAAUAAAUCUUUGUUUUUUUUUAAAAGCUCUGACUUUGGCUUGGAGCAAAGGCAAUAACAAAAUCUUUUAUUUGUCAGUCUGGUUCUGAUGAUGUAUUAUUUGAACUGGUAUUGGAACAUUGUAUCUAAAGCAUAUCAUUUUAUUUUUUGCUUUCUGACUUUUUGUUGUUUACAUUUUUGAUAGGAAUUGAUUUUAUGUGUAUCCAUUAUUUUGUUUAUUUCAAAUUGUUUCAAUGAGGUUGACCAUGCUCUGUUUUAGAUGAAAAUUGUAAAUUUUGUACAAAAAGAUGAUGUGACUAAAUAAUAUAAAAAUUUAUGAAAGAACUUGUUUCUUAUUUAUCUAGCUCCAGUGAAUUCCAAUGUAGUUUUAGCAUUGCAAGUCAAGACAAAUGGUGGAGAGAAUAAUGGAAGAUAAGAAAGUGCCAUGUGAAACCAAUGAGUUUAGCAUAAUACAGUAUAAUACUUCUCAAAUACCCACAGAAUUUCAGUGCAUUUACUUACACAUGAAAAAUAAAAUGCCAUAUUAGUGAUGAAUUUUUAACAUUUCAAUAUGAGAUGAUUUUAAGCUACUGAUACAGUUUACCUCUUUUCUUUAGGAUGUAGAAAUUAUGUUUGCAUUAUGCAGUAUCUUGUGGUAGAGUUGAUAUUUUAUAUUAAUCAAAUAUUAGGAAGCUCUUUAUUACUACUACAGGUACUUUGAAAGUAAAAUGACUAAAAAAAAACAACAACCCUAGUUUAGUUAGUAUUUCAUAAAAUUUGUUUCUUCAGGCCCUUUGACAAAGAUUUCUUUGUUACUGGGUAUUUUGUUUAAAAUAGCCUGGAGUUAAGUUCUAAUUUACAAAGUAUUUAGAGAAAUUUUCUAAUGUUAUGUUUCCCAAACUUUUUCCUUAAUGGAACACUUGCCACAUUCUGUGCAUUUUGCAGAACACUUUUUUAUUUUUUUUAGAGAUAUUAAUUCACAUGGUGGCCUACUAGUAAUUUUUCCAGUAGUUUGUGGAACAUCUAUUCAGGCCUUGCAGAAAACUAGGUUUCCUCAGAACACAGUUUGGGAAACACUAUUCUAAGGAGAUGAAUGUGUUUAAAUAACACAAUUUAUUAACAUUGUCAUACAGCUGUCAUUUUCUUUCAUGUAAACAUCCUUUAAAGCCAGGUAUUUCCCAGAUAGACACUGUAAUACAAUAUUACAGGUUGUUUUUUUAAUUAAAAUUAUGAAGAACUAUUAUUUAGUGAAAUAAGCUUGAAACAAAAAGAUGUCAAGUGUAGCCCCAGAUGUGUGAGUGAAAGCAGUAUUUUGACAUACUCAAAUGUGUAUAAAAAUGUUUCCUUAUGAGAUCCUCAAUGUAAUCACGAAGAAUCAAAAACUGGACAAAGUUUAAAGUUUCAAAUAAAUGUGAGAGUUUUAGAUUUGGAAUAGCUGUUUAGUGUGAUGGUUACAAUCUUAUAGUUUAUGAUUCCGAAAGAGGAAAUUAAAACCAUGCUAACGAGAUCAAACAUUUUUUCUUUAUUGAAAAAUAUUUUUUGAAACAUUUGUUACGUAUGAUUUAACGAAAAAUAUUCUUUAAAGGACUUCCCAUCUUAAACAUUUAUCACUAGUGUAAAGGGUUAUAUUAUUAAAAGUUUAUUCUAAUGUUUUAUUGUUAUUAAUGAGGAAAAUUGAAUUUGUAAACUAUAAAGCAUUUUAUUACAGUUUCCUUAUAGAUUCUUAGGAUGUUUUAUUAAAGAUCUAGCAUUGCUAGUUUAUAACCUAACAUAGAACUAGAAUUCAACUUCAUAUGUUUUUAUUGUUAUGUACAAAAUUGUAAUAAAGAUAACAUUUAUUUGACUUAAUUAUUCUGUGUU